UUCCCAGCUAGGCAGCGCCCCGCGCCGCACCGUGGCAGCUCAACUUCUACUAACUUGGAGGGGAUCUGCGGGAGCCUCCAUUCACCCCCACUUCUGGGGUCACUUCCGCAGGCCAAGUUCAGAUGGGCUUUGUCGGGUGGCCCCACUGCCUGCUCCUUCCUUAACUGGGGGCUGAUGCCCGAGAAUCCUCAGGAAAAGAGCCAGGCCUACCCCCGCCGCCGCCGACCUGGGAGCCACACAGGUCGUAAGAGCCCCGAGGCUGUCGCAGCUGCAACCAUGUACACCUUCUUGCCUGACAACUUCUCGCCUACCAAGCCCAAGCCGUCCAAAGAGCUGAAGCCGCUGCUGGGCUCCGCAGUGCUGGGGCUGCUGCUGGUGUUGGCCGCGGUGGUGGCCUGGUGCUACUACAGCGCCUCUCUACGCAAGGCGGAACGCCUGCGGGCCGAGCUGCUGGACCUCAACCGCGGUGGCUUCUCCAUUCGCAACCAGAAGGGCGAGCAGGUCUUCCGCCUGGCUUUCCGCUCGGGCGCAUUGGACCUCGAUUCCUGCAGCCGCGACGGCGCCCGGCUUGGCUGCUCUCGCACAGCGGAUGGGCGCCCACUGCACUUCUUCAUCCAGACUGUGCGGCCGAAGGACACGGUCAUGUGCUACCGCGUGCGCUGGGAGGAGGCAGCGCCGGGGCGCGCGGUGGAGCACGCCAUGUUCCUGGGCGAUGCGGGGGCGCACUGGUACGGCGGCGCGGAGAUGAAGACCCAGCACUGGCCCAUCCGCCUGGACGGCCAGCAGGAGCCUCAGCCCUUCGUCACCAGCGACGUCUACUCCUCCGACGCCGCAUUUGGAGGCAUCCUCGAGCGCUACUGGCUGUCGUCGCGCGCAGCUGCCAUCAAGGUCAACGACUCGGUGCCCUUCCACCUGGGCUGGAACAGCACGGAACGCUCUCUGCGGCUGCAGGCACGCUACCACGACACGCCCUACAAGCCGCCCGCCGGCCGCGCUGCUGCGCCCGAGCUCAGCUACCGCGUGUGCGUCGGCUCCGAUGUCACUUCCAUCCACAAGUACAUGGUGCGGCGCUAUUUCAACAAGCCAUCGAGGGUGCCAGCACCUGAGGCCUUCCGGGACCCCAUAUGGUCCACGUGGGUGCUGUACGGGCGCUCGGUGGACCAGGACAAGGUGCAGCGUUUCGCUCAGCAGAUCCGCCAGCACCGCUUCAACAGCAGCCAUCUGGAAAUCGACGACAUGUACACGCCUGCCUAUGGCGACUUCGACUUCGAUGAGACCAAGUUUCCCAACGCCAGCGACAUGUUCCGCCGCCUGCGCGACGCUGGCUUUCGCGUCACGCUCUGGGUGCACCCGUUUGUCAACUACAACUCAUCGUGUUUUGGCGAAGGCGUGGAGCGCGAGCUGUUUGUGCGUGAACCCACGGGCCGGCUCCCUGCUCUCGUGCGCUGGUGGAAUGGCAUCGGCGCCGUGCUCGACUUCACGCGCCCGGAGGCCCGCGACUGGUUUCAGGGGCAUCUGCGACGACUGCGUUCGCGCUACGCCGUGGCCUCCUUCAAGUUCGACGCUGGAGAGGUCAGCUAUUUGCCACGGGAUUUCAGCACCUACAGGCCGCUGUCCGACCCCAACAUAUGGAGCCGGCGCUACACAGAGAUGGCGCUGCCCUUCUUCUCACUGGCUGAGGUCCGUGUGGGCUACCAGUCACAGAACAUCUCGUGCUUCUUCCGCCUGGUGGACCGCGACUCGGUGUGGGGCUACGAUCUGGGGCUGCGCUCGCUCAUCCCCGCCGUGCUCACUGUCAGCAUGCUGGGCUACCCGUUCAUCCUGCCCGAUAUGGUGGGUGGCAACGCGGUGUCUGAGCGCACAGUGAGCGGCGGCGAUGUGCCCGAGCGUGAGCUCUACGUGCGCUGGCUGGAAGUGGCCGCCUUCAUGCCAGCUAUGCAGUUCUCCGUUCCACCCUGGCGGUACGACGCCGAAGUGGUGGCCAUCGCGCACAAGUUCACUGCACUGAGGGCCUCACUCGUGGCGCCGCUGUUGCUUGAGCUGGCUGGUGAGGUCACUGACACGGGAGACCCCAUCGUGCGCCCCCUCUGGUGGAUCGCGCCGGGCGACGAGACGGCGCACCGCAUCGACUCACAGUUCCUUAUCGGAGACACGCUGCUUGUGGCGCCGGUACUGGAGCCAGGCAAGCAGGAGCGGGACGUCUACCUGCCCGCAGGCAAGUGGCGCAGCUAUAAGGGUGAGCUUUUCGACAAGACGCCAGUGCUGCUCACGGAUUACCCCGUUGACCUGGACGAGGUCGCCUACUUCAUCUGGGCAUCCUGACCCAGCCCAGGACCCAGAAACCCCACAGCCCUAACCCUAGUCUUCAUGUAGGCCUCUAACCCUGCAUCACAGCCACACCGGGUAUCCCCAGGAAGUCCCCAUCUCUGUACCACCCACUAAGUGGGUACUGAAGUAAAUGUGCUGGAGCCAACUCCUGUAGGGCCAGGGGAGAAGAUGCUAAAGCAACCUCCCACUCCAGUGCACAAUCCUAACAGCCCUCUUUCUCUCCAUACUCACUCCAGUCUACAGAAACCUCUUCCCUGGGCUGAGGGCAAGAGAGCACAGAGGGAAAAGGUCAGCUCUCUUCCUGUUAAACACGGUUGGGUUUUAAAAGCACAGAGAGAAACCUCACCCUCCAUCCUGGCCUGAGUGGCCAUCUUUGUCCUUCUGAGGUGGUGACUUGAUCCUCUUUAAGGUCCCAAAAUAGCCCCCAGCCACACUUAGAAAGGGCACAUUUUCAGUGUUGGAAGCCAGGUCCUGAGUCCCCAGCACUGGCCUGACCUGUGGCUGACCUGGUCCCACCCCAGCUGGCGAAAAGAGACAGAGGUACCUGGCCAACUGACAAGGAGGCAGGAGGUCCCCUCCCAAAGGACAGGUGGACUAGGCUCAGCACAGAGCCAUCAUCAUUGUCCCUCAUUUGUGAAGAGCUCCUAACACCGCACUUAUGCAUCUGUGUACACACAUGGUUCAGCCCUGGGCCAGGGCCACUGCCUGAUGGGCAAAGACUUGCAAAGCCAUGCAGGCCAGACUUGAUGCCUUAACUCAAGAACGUGUGUGUGUGUGUGUGUGUGUGUGAGAGAGAGA